AUGACAAGGGCAAUUAAUCUAAAAUUACAAGACAAAUUAAUUCUCAUCGAGAUGCCAAGUAAUGCCAAUUUGAGUGAUCUUUACAAAAGAAUUAAAGAACAUCCCUUGACUCCAAAUCCAAAUUAACUGAUUGGAUUAAAGACUGUAUCUGGGUCUUUGACUCUUGAUUAUAUUCUAUCAAGACCUGAAGACAGGAGUGUAUUUCCCUUGAAUAAAUUGAAGUAGAAUGAGUGGUUGAUAGGGAUUUAUAAGUAAUAAACAGGAUAGUUAAGUUUGAAAGACUUUGUGUUUGAGAAAUGCAUAGGCAAAGGAGGAACGUCAGAAGUAUAUUUGAUAAGACAUAAAGGAAAUGCGAGACUCUAUGCACUGAAAAUGAUAAAAAAGCAUUACAUUACAGAUUGUAGACGUUUGGAACAGGUAUUGAGAGAAAAGAAAAUAUUAUCCAAUGUAUUAAAUUAAAGUCCAUUUAUUGUGCCAUUAUAUGCAACAUUUGCCACACGAGAACAUUUGUGUUUCUUAAUGGAAUACAGUCCAGGAGGAGAGAUGUUCUUCCAUCUCUAAAAUUAUCGAUUUACAGAGGAUGAAGCCAAGAAGUACUUUUGCGAAGUGAUUUGCACUUUGGAAGAAUUGCAUAAGCGUAAAGUGCUCUACCGAGAUUUAAAGCCAGAAAAUAUCUUGAUUGACAUUCGAGGUCACAUUUAAUUGACAGAUUUCGGCCUAUCCAAGUUGGACUUGAUGAAUGAAGAUGUAACUCAUAGUUUCUGUGGUUCUCCUGAGUACAUGCCUCCAGAAAUAGUCAGUCGUUAAGGAUACUCAUAUCCUGCAGACUUCUACACAUUAGGCUGCUUAUUACAUGAGUUGCUCUUGGGAUUGCCACCGCAUUACUCUUAAAACACUGACGAGAUCUUUUAGAAGAUAAUUAAUGAGGAGUUAGAGUUACCAGAUGAUCUUACUGAAGAAGUUACUGAAUUGUUGAUAGAUCUAUUGGAAAAGGAUGUAAGCAAACGUAUAAAGGAUUUCAAAGUUUUAAAGAGGUAUUAAUGGUUAAGUGAUGUAAAUUGGGAAUCUAUAAAAAAUAAACAAAUAGAAAUGCCUAUUGAGAUCGAUAUCUAUGAAACUCAUAUUCAUGGAGAAUUCUUAAAGGUGGAUGUUGCUGAAUUUAAUUAGAGAAAUGAAACUGGAGAUUUGAAACCUUAAGAUGAUUUGUUUGAGUUCUUCAAUUACAUUAACCCUUUAUAUUAGGAUUAGUUCUUGUUAGAAUCAAAACAAUAGAAUUUAAAAAAUAGAGCAUCAAGUGAUUUGGUAGUGGAAAAAAAAUAAAAACUAGUGUUAAAUGAAAAGUAAUCUAAUGUGAAUCCAAAUUAAUUCAAGAAGUGCAAUUCAGUUAAAUAAUCUCUGAAAUCUGCUAGUUCUCCAAGAAUCAAUAAUCAAUUUUUUAAUAGUGGCCAUCAUAGUACUUAGAAUUCGCCAAAAAAGCAUCUGCAACUCAAUCUAUAGGAUAUUGACAAUCAAUUAAGUAUGAAAACCCCGAAGUAACCUAAAUCUUUAACUGGAACUACUCCAACAGCUGCUACAUUGGCUCUAUUGAGAAAAAGCUUUUAGACUCUUUUAAAGAAGGCUCCCUCAUUGAGGAAUCAGGAUAAUCACCCCACUUUGAGAACUCUCCUCUCAGAAAGGUCUUUAAUGGAUAGGAACUACGCUAAUCAUAUUAAUUAUAACUAGAUUCAAAAAAUAAUACAAUUAUAGCAUAGCAGUCCUACCAAUAGGGAAAUAUCAUAAAGACCCCCUCAAUAACUACAGAAAAGAAUUUCAAGCACCUCCACUCAUCUUAAAUCCUAGUUAUCUUAAUUAUCACUCUUUACUUUAUCUUCAUAAAUUACUUAAAGAGGUAGUACCUCCCAUAGACCAAAACUUAAAUGA